GCUGGUUCCCUCCAUGCCCUGAGAGGUGGAGGUGCCGUCUUCCCCUCUGGGACCAGCUGUCUCCAGUCUUGGCCUGCCAUGCUGGUCCCUUAAAAGCAGGGCUCGCCAGGGAACAAUCUUCUCGGGUUGCCUGUAAUCUGAGUGAGCCAAGGACCAGAAGAGUGAGAGCAGCAAGAAUCUCACUCGGCAACCAUGUCAGUGGAACUGGAGACCUCAGAGGGGGUGGAUGAGUCGGAGAAAAAGAGCUUUGGGGCCUCAGAAAAAGAAAACCACACCAGGAUGGCUGACCUCUCCGAGCUCCUGAAGGAAGGGACCAAGGAAGCACAUGACCGGGCAGAAAACACCCAAUUUGUCAAGGACUUCUUGAAAGGCAACAUCAGGAAGGAGCUGUUUAAGCUGGCCACUACUGCACUUUACUUCACAUAUUCAGCCCUGGAGGAGGAGAUGGAACGCAACAAGGACCACCCAGCCUUUGCCCCCUUGUACUUCCCCACGGAGCUGCACCGGAAGGAGGCACUGACCAAGGACAUGGAGUAUUUCUUUGGCGAGAACUGGGAGGAGCAGGUGCAGUGCUCCCAGGCUGCCCAAAAGUACGUGGAGCGGAUCCACUAUGUGGGGCAGAAUGAGCCGGAGCUGCUGGUGGCCCAUGCAUACACCCGCUACAUGGGGGACCUUUCAGGGGGCCAGGUGCUGAAGAAGGUGGCCCAGCGGGCCCUGAAACUCCCCAGCACGGGAGAAGGGACCCAGUUCUAUAAGUUUGAGAACGUGGACAAUGCUCAACAGUUCAAGCAGCUCUACCGGGCCAGGAUGAAUGCCUUGGACCUGAACCUAAAGACCAAAGAGAAGAUCGUGGAGGAGGCCAACAAGGCCUUUGAGUACAACAUGCAGAUUUUCGAUGAACUGGACCAGGCUGGCUUCUUGUUGGCCAAAGAGACCCUGGAGGAUGGGCUCCCCAUGCACGAUGGGAAAGGAGAUGUGCGUAAAUGCCCCUACUACGCUGCUAAACAAGAUGGAGGUGCCCUGGAGGGCAGCAGCUGCCCCUUCCGAACAGCCCUGGCUGUGCUGAGUAAGCCUAGCCUCCAGUUCAUUCUGGCCGCUGGUGCGGCCCUUGUUGCCGGCUUCUUGGCCUGGUACUACGUGUGAAGGACCCAUCAUACCGCCUUGGCGCCAUCCUCCCGAUUGACCACUGGCCCAUCCCCACCUGUGACUAAACUACCACCUCAGGUGACUUUCUUUUUUUUAAAUGCUGGGUUUGAGAAAACAAGCAACCAAUAAAAGCCAGACGCUAAA